GAAAAUAUAAUAUAGUAUUUUACUUAACGAAGAUAUAGUUUAGAUCAGGUGAUGAAAGUACACGUGGAAUUUCAACUCAACUCAAUCAGAGAUCGACUCUCUCAUCAGCUUUCCCUUAAUAUAAAACAUUUACAUUAUUAGGAAAAAAGAAAAAAAAGAAAGGAAAAAGGAGCCGCACUAAUCUCACGUCUCUCGUUGUACCGAACCAAAACGGUAAACUAAUUAUCGAUUCCGGUCAAUUGGAAACAGAAAAAGAACGAUGGCACCAAAGAAGCAGGCACCACCAGGUCCCCGCCCUACACGCCUCACUAGAGCCACCGCCAAGCUCGUUGCACCUCACCUUAAAUCCCCGGACAAUGGUGGCACCAAAACGACACCUCAAUCAGCUUCUCAUGUUGCCGUUUUGCAGGCCGAGGCUAAAGCUCCGAUUAUAAAGGAAGCAACUUCGGUUGCAAUUGCAAUUGGUGUUGUUGAAAGCAGCUGUAUAGAUGAGAAGCAGGAAAGUUGUUUGAUUGAUAUGAAACAGAAUGAAAGAAAUAAUUGCGCGGGAAACGAAACCCUAGCUCUGGAGGAGAAUAAUGUGGUUGUGCGUGAAUUAGAUGCACUGAAAGAGGUUGACGUUGAGGUUAAGCCGAAGAAGAAGGUAAAGAAGAAGGUAGUGGUGAAGAAGGUUGUGAAGAAAGUGGUGAAAAAGAGAGUGCCUAAAUCCAUGAUUAAAGACUUGGCUACUUGUUCCUCUAAACAAUUGACCACUAAAGUAGAGGUUUUUCAUAAUGAUGACGACGGCUAUGAUGAUAAUGAUGGCAGUGAAAAGAUUUGCAGUGAAGGAGUAGAGGAUGAUAAAGAUUCGGAGAAGCAAACAGAGACUUUUGAUAGUGAACGUAAUGGUUCGAUUCUAGAGGAUGAAAGUGGAAAGAUUAAGGUUCAAAAUUGCGAUGUUGGUGUGCCAUUGGAAAAAGCUGUUUCUAUGCAAGGUGAUAAUUUGAAAACCAUUCCUGAAGCUGGAAAACAAGAAUCCAUUGUGACUGGAAUUCCAGUGGAUGCAGAAAAGAAUAAGGGUGCAGUUCAAGAUUCUCAUUCUGCUGCCACUGAAAUGGUGAACCCGGAGUUAGUUCACGAAGUUGUAGUUCGAAAUUCUGAUUCUUCUACUGAAUCGCCCAUGGAAGUGGUAAAUGCAGAGUCAGUUAGGGAUCUAAAUAAUGAAUGUGUAGUUCGAAACUGUGAUUCUGUUACUGAAAUGCCCUUGGCAGCUGUGGACAAGCAGUUAAUUGAGGAUGCAAGUAAUGAGGGUAUAGUUCUAAAGUCUGAUUCUUGUACUGGAUUGCCCAUGGCAGAGAUGGUCUUGGAGUUAGUUGAGGAUAGAUGUAAUGAGGCUGAAGUUCAAAAGUCUUAUUCUACUUCUGAAUUGCCCAUAGAAGCGGUGAAUGCGGAUUUAGUUGGGGAUACAAAUAAUGAGGGUGAAGUUCCUAGCUGUGGUUGUGCUACUAUAGUGCCCAUGGAAGUAGUGAACAUGGAUUUAGUUGGGGAAAGAAAUAAUGAGGGUGAAGUUCCAAAUUCUGAUUCUGCUACUGAAUUGCCCAGGGAAGUAGUGAACGCAGAUAUAGUUGGGGAUACAAAUAGUGAGGGUGUGAUUCAGGUUCUGGACUCAAGUAAUGGUUAUGAUCAGGGAGGGAAGGAGGAUAAUGAGAUGAAUAAUGGAAGGAUAGCUUUGAGUGGGGAAUUGGAAGCAUUGGAGAGGAGGAGGAGGAGAAGAACAGAGAUUUUCAUUGGUGGGUUGAGCACUGAUGCUAGGGAGGAGGAUAUCAGGAAAGUUUUUGGGGCAGUGGGUGAAAUUGUCGAAUUGAGGUUAGUGACCAAUAGCAAGACAGGAAAGAAUAAACGCUUUGCAUUUCUGAGGUAUUCUUCAGCCGCUGAUGCGAAGAAGGCAUUGGAAAAAUAUGCAAAAGUUGAGAUUUGUGGAAAGCAGUGUGCUGUAGCACCUGUUGAGGGCAAUGACACAAUUUUUCUUGGUAACAUUGACAAGAAAUGGACAAAUGGAGAUGUCAUCAAACUGUUGCAAGAGAUAGGAAUUGAGAAAAUAGAUAAGGUCAUAGUGAUGACUGAUCCUUCUAAUGUGGGACGUAAUCGCGGGUUUGCAUUUGUAGAACUUGAAACUCACAAAGAUGCUCAAAUUGCUUUCAAGAAACUUCAUAAGAAGGACCUAGGAAAGCUUCAAAAUAUAAAAGUUGCUUGGGCUGAGCCCUUAAGUGAGCCAGAUGAAGAAGAACUGCUGAAGGUGAAGUCCGUUUAUGCAGAGUACUUACCUCCUUCAUGGGAUGAAGAGAAACUGAGAAGUUACUUUACAAAGUUCGGAGAAAUUGAGAAUAUUGUUCUUUCCCGAAAUCUGCAUUCCUCGAGGAGAAAAGACUUUGCCUUUAUUAAUUUUAGCACCCGUGAAGCUGCUCUUGCUUGCAUAGAAUCAUUCUACCAUGAGACAUUGACUAAUGAGGGAUCUCAGGUAAAUGUGAAGGUAUCCCUUGCGAAGCCUAUACCUAAGGGCAAGCCCCAUAAGAGAGUCUCCAAGCCUACUAUAAAAGAAAUCUCCAAACCAAAGCAUGCAACACAAUAUCCUGUAAAGCAAAUUGAACUUAGAAACAAGGAGAUUCCUGCAGUACGUAAUAAGAGUCAAAGAACAGAUGAUUUAAGGUCACCUGGAACUUCUGAACUUGAACAACGAUUAGCAGAGCGAGCUCUACGAAAGCAAAUGCAAGCAAGAAUAGGUCCAGGGGUAGGAAUCGCGAAUCAGGCCUAUUCUCAAGCAUUACCUGGACAGAAACGCCCUUUUUCUGCAUUAGAAGAUAAUAUGAGCUAUUCAGAUCCUAGAGGGCAGACACAUAUCCACAUGGGAAGUUCUUUUCCAGUUCGAACUCUAAGCCGUGGCGAAGUUCUCCCAGGGGCUGGGAUGGUGCCUCAUUCAUACUACCAGCGACAAGGUGCUGAUUAUGGGUUAGGUCACAGAUACUCAGAUUAUGCAAAUGGCUUUCAGAGGGAACAACCUCCUUACCGUGGAACUGGAAGAGACUACCACAGAUAUUGAUGGGUUUAUCUGAUCUUUUUAGAAGGCUGAACAGCAAGCAUUCAGGAGCAACCAAAAAAUUUGUACUUUUGGCAUGUCCAACUUGUAUAAUUUGUUAUUGCACGAAUAAUGUAUCAUAUUGUACAGAGCACCUGAUUCCUUAAUUGUAGACAUAUUUUAAUUUUUAGUAUUUAUUUUAUAUAAAUCCCUCUUUCCCAUUC